AUGAGUGUGGUAACAUCAUCGAGCUUCAAUUUCAAAUCACUCUCGCCCUCGCCCACUCGACCGUUUCCGUCAUGGAUAAACAACGGAGACACUUCUCCCUCACUGUUGUUAUUGAGGGAAAUCUCCGCCUCUUUCUCACGGCGGAGCGCAAAUAGCUUCCUGAAGAAGGUGUCAUGCGCCAAGAGCCCAGAUGAUUACCACGCAACCCUCAAAUCUCUCAACUCUCGAGGCCGGUUUCCCAGAAAAUCUCUUGGCCAGCAUUACAUGCUGAAUUCGGAUAUUAAUCAUCAGCUAGCGGCUGCUGCUAAUGUGAAAGAAGGAGACUUUGUGUUAGAGAUUGGCCCUGGGACUGGCUCUUUAACCAAUGUUCUUCUCAAUUUGGGCGCUACGGUUCUUGCCAUCGACAAGGAUCCUCAUAUGGUGGAUUUGGUCAGAGAAAGAUUCGCAGGUUCUGACAAGUUCAAGGUUUUGCAAGAGGAUUUUGUCAAGUCUCACAUCCGUUCUCACAUGCUCUCCAUUUUAGAGGGUUCAGAUUCUGCUCUUGCGAAGGUUGUUUCCAACUUACCUUUUAAUAUAAGUACUGAUGUUGUCAAGCUUCUACUUCCUAUGGGUGACAUCUUCUCAGAAGUUGUUCUCUUACUCCAGGAUGAGGCAGCUUUGCGAUUGGUUGAGCCAGCAUUGCGAACAUCUGAAUACCGACCCAUCAACAUCUUGGUCAACUUCUAUUCCGAACCGGAAUACAACUUCAGAGUUCCUAGGGAAAACUUCUUCCCUCAGCCCAAGGUUGACGCCGCUGUUGUAACAUUCAAACUGAAGCAUCCGAAGGACUAUCCCGAUGUCUCUUCCACCAAAAGCUUCUUCUCUUUGGUGAACUCUGCAUUCAAUGGAAAGAGAAAAAUGUUGAGGAAGUCCCUUCAGCACAUAUCGUCAUCACUUGAGAUCGAAAAAGCUCUUGGAGUUGCAGGUCUUCCGGUCACUUCAAGGCCUGAAGAGCUUACCUUGGGGGAUUUUGUCAAGUUGCAUAAUGUAAUCGCUAGAGAAUAG